ACAGUACUAGCCUUCGCAGAAAAAUUUUCCAUACUCAUUAUUUCUAAACCUUCCGAUCUCUUAAAUGAUUUAAACACAAGAAGAUUCUGAAAGCGCUUAAUGUCCUUGACGAGCACAUUUAGUGAUGACUUCUCUACUUGUUUGACCAAAUCAUCAAAAAAGAAUCUAUCGUAAUUUAAGCAUAAUACAGGACAUUUUACAAGGAAUUCAAGCUCUCACAAGUAGGAUCAGUGAUAUUGUACAUAAUGAGUUACAAUCCGACAUCUAGAAGUUCUGGACCAGCCAAGAAGGCGAAACGAGUGAGUGAUGUCAAUGCAUUAGGAGGAGUAGCUCAACAACCAGCACCAUUUAAUCCAAUUCCAGCACCAACAUUAUCAGCAAAUUAUGAUAAUAAUCCAACGAUCCAGUCACCUAGCAACUUUUAUACCCCUAAUACGAGCCCAUCUAAUUACAUGCAAUCACCGCAAGCACCCAAUUAUAAUCCACAAUAUGCAUCAUCGCCAUAUGAUCCACAGCAACAGCAACAGUCUCCAAUUGAUCCGAAUCAGAUAGGCUUUAAUAUGUUUCAACAGCCUAUAAUGCAAGAUAUGGCAUUUCAGUAUGGUCAGAAAUUAGCCGAUCAAGGAAAGGAGCUAGUUAAUAAGGAACUAGAAAAAUAUGUGUCAGUCACUAAACUCAAAUAUUAUUUUGCUGUGGACAAUAAGUAUGUUAUGAAUAAGUUGAGGCUCUUAUUCUUCCCAUUUGCACAGAAAGAUUGGUCACUCAAGUUUGAUCAAGAGACUGCUGUUCAGCCUAGAUAUGACUUAAACUCUCCCGAUCUUUAUAUCCCAACGAUGGGCUAUAUCACUUACAUUGUACUCGCUGGUUUUAUAUUAGGAUUACAGGAUAGGUUUUCUCCGGAGCAAUUAGGAAUCCAAGCAUCUAGUGCAUUGGCUUACAACAUAUUUGAAUUAAUUAUUUAUACAAUCACACUUUAUGUUACAAAUAUCCAAACGACUUUGAGGACGUUAGAUCUGGUUGCAUUUUCUGGCUAUAAAUAUGCGAGUAUCGUUGCUAUCUUAUGUGCUACUAUCUUAUUUUCAACGACCGGAUAUUGGAUUGCCUUAAUUUACUGCGGGUCUACGUUAGCUUUCUUUUUGUUACGGACACUAAAAGCGAAAGUCUUGAGUGAGCCAGUUUCGAGUGCUGCACAGGCACCAAACUAUGAUCCAUAUGGUCAGCAGCCACAAAGCUUCGAUCACACUUUAGGACGGAAAAGAAAAUUGUAUUUCCUGUUUAUGUUUGCAAUCAUGCAAUUCUUCUUACCGUUUAUGUUAACAAAGCAUUUAAAAUGAUUGAGAUUUCGGUACUAUUUUUUGUAGCUUUUGAAAUAAAUUAAUUAAUAAAAUUAAAUAACAAAUGAUUAU